AUGGCCAACUACGGCGAGUGCUCGAGGGACGAACUGGUGGCACUACUCCAGCAGCGGGACGCUGAGCUGGCUGCCGUCCGGGCAGCGGGCGGACCAGCUGCUGUGCUCCCGGCUCUGGGCGCCGCCGCCGGGACUGCCCGCAAGAAGCGCAAACUGCUGAGCAACGACGCUGGAUCGGGGACCGGCAGCGGAGGCGAUGGAGAGGGGAGCGACAGUGAACGGAAGCGCAAGGUUGCUGGCGGUGCGGCGAGUUCGGGCGGUGCGGCGAGUUCGGGCGGCGCGGCGAACGCGGGCGGCGCGGCGAUGACGGGCAAGCAGAGCAAGAAGAGCAAGAAGAAGAAGCAAAAGGGCGGGCGGGCGUUUGUGUGGAACCGAUUUGCAGUGCGGCAAGUGGCGCUCAAGGUGGCAUACCUCGGAUGGGAUUACUACGGGCUGGCGCGGCAGGUCGAGGUGCGCGAGACGGUGGAGGAGCAUCUGUUUGCGGCGCUGAUCAAGACCAAGCUUGUGCCGUCGCUGGAAGAGGCCGGAUACUCGCGGGCUGGCCGAACGGACAAGGGCGUGUCUGCCUUUGGGCAAGUUGUGGGCCUGCGGGUUCGGUCCAAGCUGCGGAGCGGGCCUGGCAUUGUGGCGGUGCCGUCGGAUGCGAGCGCGUUGGCCAAGCUUUCGGACGAUGAGGCCGACGAAAUUCCUUACGCGCACGUUCUCAACCGGGUCCUUCCGCCACGAAUUCGUGUUGUGGCGUGGGCGCCGGUCUCGAUCACCUUUGACGCGCGGUUCUCUGCGCUGACGCGGACGUACCGCUACUUUUUCACCGCCGACGACCUCGAUCUUGACGCCAUGCGCGAGGCUGGGCGGCGGCUGGUUGGGCGGCACGACUUUCGCAACUUUUGCAAGAUGGACUGGAAGAACGUGUCCAACUUUGUGCGCGAUGUGCUUGAGUUUGACAUUGUGCCUGUGCCUGCCUUUUCGCACGAUGAGGGCGAGGCCGAGGCCUCUGGCGCGCGGUUCACCAAGCGGUACAAGGGCUACUACUUUCACAUCAAGGGCUACGCCUUUCUCUGGCACCAAGUUCGAUGCAUGGUGGCGGUCCUGUUCAUGGUCGGCCGCGGCGACGAGUCGCCGGACAUUGUCACCUGGCUCCUCGAGUCGGCCUCCGAGUCGUCUGGUCGUCCGCAGUACCUGAUGGCAUCCGAGAUCCCUCUCGUCCUCUACGACGUCGAGUUCGAGGAUCUGCCGCUUCGCUACGAGCCUGGUGCGCUGGGUACCGUCCUCACAGCGUGGGAGUCCAUGCUGCAGGAGCAUGCCAUCAAGGCCAUGACGCUGGCCACCAUGACCACGUCGCUGGUGACGGGCGUGCAGGUGACUGGGACCGAGGCCAACUGGGAGGCGUAUGCGCGCGCCGAAGAAGCACCGUCCGCUUCGGGACCGCGGCCGAGGCUUGUCAUUUAA